CCACCCUUCUCUCUUCUACUCGAGAGAGGCUCACUCACCAACACCAUUCAGAUCAGAGGCACAGCAUCCCCAUUCUUCGGCGCGCUCUCUCUCUCUAGCCACAAUGCUCACACUCCUCCUCUCUCUCCUCCUCAUUUCCUCCUUCCCAGUUCUUGAGGUUUCAGCGUCUUCAGUUAUACUGUACAACAAGUGUUCGCACCCUGUUUGGCCGGGAAUACAACCCAGCGCCGGCAAGCCCCUUUUGGCUCGAGGAGGCUUCAAACUCCCGCCAAACAAGGCCUACGCUCUUAAUCUUCCCCCUCUCUGGUCCGGCCGCUUCUGGGGCCGUCACGGCUGUGCCUUCGACGCCUCCGGCCGCGGUCGCUGCGCCACCGGGGACUGCGGCGGCUCACUUUUCUGCAACGGCAUCGGCGGCACCCCUCCGGCCACCCUUGCGGAGUUCACCCUGGGCAACGACCAAGACUUCUACGACGUCAGCCUCGUCGACGGCUACAACCUGCCUAUCUCCAUCAAGCCGUACAAGGGAUCUGGGAAAUGCAGCUACGCUGGUUGCGUCAGCGACCUGAAUCUGAUGUGUCCGGUAGGGCUUCAGGUGAGGUCUCACGACAAGAGUGUGGUGGCCUGCAAGAGCGCGUGCUCCGCCUUCAACUCGCCGAGAUAUUGCUGUACAGGAAACUAUGGAACCCCGCAGGCCUGCAAGCCGACGGCGUAUUCGAGGAUCUUCAAGACGGCGUGCCCUAAGGCUUACUCUUACGCCUAUGAUGACCCCACCAGCAUCGCCACUUGCACAAAAGCUAACUAUCUGGUCACUUUCUGCCCUCGCCGUCGCCGUUGAUCUGUAUUUGAAUCUCUGGAAUGUAAUACGAGUUGUUUAGGUCUAAUGCGUGGUGAAAUGAGUUUGGUUUAGUGUACUGUGAUAGCAGCAACUGAGAUUAUAAUUAAUUUUUAUGUCCUUUGUGCUUUGAUUGCUUCA